AUGACAACGCCCGACGAGAGCAUUGCAGUGACAAGCAGUGGUGUGAUUCAGAACAGUGUCUCAAACGUUGUGGGAUCCAUGGCAGAGAAGCUGGCGAUACUACAGCACCAGGUUGAUACCUUGCAAACCCAGCUGAGAAGCGAAAAAAAGGAGCGCGAAGCGUUACAAAAGUAUGUCAUCAGGAGACUUAGAGAGUCGCUUCCUAGCAUUUCACAUGAUGAGUUGGGGGGCAGUCCUCCUAUCGUGUUAGAGGACGAGCACUUGCGCGACUUCGACGACGUUGGAGCUAUCUUGGAAGCCACCGAAAUCUCUUCCAACUCCGGGUCAAACGCCUCUCGGCACACCCCCGUAGUCACGACAUCUAAGCGGGCCUCAGGUUCGGACUGUAUCGAGGGUUCGCUGACAAAUGGGCAAAAGGCGAGCCUUGUGGGACUGCAAGACUUAGCAACUAAUUCACACUCUCACACAAAUUUAACAACGCCUUACUUACAGGGGAUGGUUCCUUCUUUAGUACUCCGAGAUUGUGACCAAGCAGGAAGUGGUGAGGAUAUCACAUCUCUAAUAAAUGAUGCGAUGGCCCAAAAUUUAAGGAAAAGGACUCUUUCAAAUGAAUUUCUUAUGCCACAGUCCCAUAGAAACCGCAGUGGAAGUGGAAUAGAGAUCGCACAUCCUUUGGAGUGUACACCCAAUCUCUCUCUCCGUAACAUACCCAUAUUCCCACUCAGACUCAACACCCCCUCAACGCCAAACAAUGCCUAUUCUAGUGCGCCCCCAACUCCCACUUCUCAACUCGGGGAACAAGACAUUAUGGAGAAGUGGGGAAUUCGCUUCUCGGAAAAAUACGCCACGAUCAGUGAUGUCUGGAAUGAGUAUCACAAGAUUGGUGCAAAAGGAGUGUCUAUACGUUCUCUCGAGCAGUCCUUCUCAAACCGCUGGAGAUCUAAUCUUCAUAGGAACGUUAAGAAAAAGUAUAGCCGGCGUCUGAUCAUAAUCAGGGCUAUCGAGACAGGCAUCAAGCGAGGCAAGUCUCUAGAAGAGUGCAUCGAGGUUUUGGAGAAAUUUUUAAAGCAGGCAAACAAACCAAUAUCUCACCUUUAUAGGAAAGCAAAUCUGCCACCGGAGUUUACGUAA